UUGUGAAAAGAAAUACGCCGUUACAUCACUUCUAUUUAAUAUAAAUCCGAACAACAACCAAGAACAAUGAAUUCUAAAUAUCUGUCCAGUCGUUUUUAUAGUUUGACGCGUAAUUUGAGUGCAAAAUCGGACUUGACUUUGUGCAAUAGUUUACGGGCAGUGCAAAAUAAAACCUACCGUAAUAGGUUCCAUACAAGAAAAUUAAGUACAACAUCCAAGAUGAACAGUAAACUCCUAAAUGGAAAUAUCUGGGACACCGAUCCUGAACUUUUUGAUAUCAUCAAAAAGGAGAAGGCCCGUCAAGCCAGUGGAUUGGAGAUGAUAGCUUCAGAAAACUUUACAUCCAUACCAGUUUUGCAAUGCCUCAGUUCUUGCCUUCACAACAAAUAUUCAGAGGGUAUGCCAAACCAAAGAUAUUAUGGUGGCAAUGAAUUUAUUGAUGAAAUAGAAAUUAUGGCACAGAAGAGAUCAUUGGAGGCAUACAGAUUGAAGGAAGAUGAGUGGGGGGUCAAUGUACAACCUUACUCUGGUUCUCCAGCCAACUUUGCUGUUUACACUGGAGUGGUGGAGCCACAUGGCCGCAUCAUGGGUCUUGAUUUGCCUGAUGGUGGACAUCUGACUCAUGGGUUCUUCACCGCCACCAAGAAGAUAUCGGCUACUUCAAUCUUCUUUGAGAGUAUGCCAUACAAGGUUGACCCUAAAACUGGUCUCAUUGACUAUGACAAGCUGGCUGAAACCGCUAGACUGUUCAAGCCAAAACUUAUCAUUGCUGGAAUAAGUUGCUACUCCAGAUGCUUAGAUUACAAGAGAUUCCGUGAGAUUGCUAACGAGAAUGGAGCUAUUUUGAUGGGAGAUAUGGCGCACAUUUCAGGACUUGUGGCUGCAGGUGUUAUCCCAAGUCCAUUUGAAUAUUGUGAUAUUGUAACAACCACCACUCACAAGACACUGAGAGGGCCAAGAGCAGGCAUUAUAUUCUUCCGCAAAGGCCUCAAAACCGUUAACGCAAAGGGGGAGAAAAUCAUGUAUGACUUUGAAAACAAAAUCAACCAAUCAGUAUUCCCUGGUUUGCAAGGAGGACCCCACAAUCAUGCUAUUGCCGCAAUUGCUACUGCCAUGAAGCAAGCUACCCUGCCAGAAUUUGUGGAAUAUCAGAAACAAGUGAUAAAGAAUGCUCAAAGACUGUGUGAAGGCCUAAAAUCAUUCGGCUAUGAUAUAGCUACAGGCGGUACUGAUGUCCAUAUCGUCCUGGUAGACAUGCGAAAUGCUGGUCUCAGUGGCGCCAGAGCUGAGAGGAUAUUGGAGCUUUGCAGCAUCGCGUGCAACAAAAACACUGUACCCGGCGACAAGAGUGCACUGAACCCAAGUGGUAUUAGAUUAGGUACACCUGCGCUUACAACGAGAGGCUUAAAAGAAACCGAUAUUGAUAAUGUAGUUAAGUAUAUUGAUAGAGCUCUAAAACUUGCCCAAGAAAUCACGAAGAUAUCUGGACCUAAACUAGCAGACUUCAAUAAAAUUAUUGAAACUGAUGAUGCCAUUCAAAAGAAGAUUAAUGCACUUAAGGACGAAAUUGAAAACUUCAGCCGAACAUUCCCAUUACCUGGCUAUGAUAACUAUUAGGUUGUAAAUAAAGUAAUCCUUUCCUAUAAACGGGAACAUUUUAAAUGUAUCCUUUGUGAUAAAAUCUCAUUAUCAUGCUAUAUUUCUAUUAGGUUAAUAAAUAAUGCUAAUGCAUUUAUUUUA